UUGAAGAACGUAAAUGCAAUACCAUCAAAUAUGCUAUUGGCCGAAAUGGGUAUGGAUUCGAUGAUGGCAGUAGAAAUUAAGCAAACGUUGGAAAGAGAGUUCGAUAUUUCCUUGACAGCGCAAGACAUUAGAACUCUAAAUUUUGCUAAACUUCGACAAAUGACAAUUACAACCGAACAAGGAAAGAUACAAGAUACAAAUGAAAUUGAUCCAAGUAAUUUGGAAGGCUUUGACAUGUUAAUUCGAAAAGUGAAGGAUUCACCCUAAUGAAAAUUCUCUUGU